AUGACUGGGAAGAUAGCUUUGGUAGCUUUAGCUUUAGUAUUAGUAUUGGGAAGAGCAGAGGCUGGUCAUAACUAUAGAGAUGCUCUUACGAAAUCCAUUCUUUUCUUCGAAGGGCAGAGAUCCGGCAAGCUUCCCUUCAAUCAGCGAAUGAAAUGGAGGGGAGAUUCUGGCCUCUCCGAUGGAGCUGCUAAUUAUGUGGACAUGAGGGGAGGAUAUUAUGACGCAGGAGAUAAUGUGAAAUUCGGCUUCCCAAUGGCAUUUACCACCACCAUGUUAUCAUGGAGCGUCUUGGAGUUUGGAGGAAAGAUGGGAAAUGAUCUCCAGCAUGCCAAGGAAGCCAUUCGUUGGGCUACAGAUUACUUGCUCAAAGCCGCCGCUUAUCCAGGCACUCUAUACGUCCAGGUGGGAGAGCCCAGCAUGGAUCACAAGUGCUGGGAGAGACCAGAAGACAUGGACACUCCUCGCAGCGUGUACAAAAUAGAUGCUCAAAAUCCAGGCUCGGAUGUUGCUUCUGAAACAGCUGCGGCACUUGCUGCGGCCUCCAUGGUUUUCAAAUCAACAGACGCCCCUUAUUCUAAGCUUCUCCUCCAAACUGCAGUGCGGGUGUUUGCUUUGGCGGACGAGCAUAGAGGAGCUUACAGUGACUCUCUCGCUUCUGUAGUCUGCCCGUAUUAUUGCUCCUACUCUGGCUACCCCGACGAACUGCUGUGGGGUGCAACGUGGCUGGCAAAAGCCACGAGAAGUCAAAAAUAUUUUAACUACAUACAAUCAAAUGGCCCUGCUCUGGGCUAUCGUGAUAACGUCAACGUACUGAGCUGGGACCAAAAACAUCUAGGCACAAGAAUUCUUUUGGCUCGGGAGGUUCUGCUAAACAAAGUGAAGUCUCUUGGUGAAUAUCAAGGCCUUGCUAACAACUUUAUUUGUUCUCUGUUGCCUGGAACGUCUUCAGCGCGAUAUUCACCAGGUGGUCUUCUGUUCAACGGCCCAACUGAUCAAUGUAAUCUACAAUAUGUUACCUCCACGACCUUCUUACUCUUCACCUAUGCCAAAUACUUGAGCACUUCCAAGCAAGUAGUCACUUGCGCUAAUACAAGAAUCACUCCUUCCAAAAUACGCUUUAUUGCAAAAAGACAGGUCGAUUACAUCUUGGGAGACAAUCCCCUAGGGAUGUCAUACAUGGUGGGGUACGGUCCAAAGUUUCCACAGCAUAUUCAUCACCGAGGAUCAUCUUUGCCUUCAAUCUACGCCCAUCCUAACACCAUAUCAUGCAACGAUGGUUUCAACUUGGGUUUAUACAGCAGCUCGCCGAACCCGAACGUUCUGGAUGGAGCAGUUAUUGGAGGCCCUGACAACAAUGAUCAAUUCAGGGAUGAUCGUAAUGACUAUUCACUCUCUGAGCCAGCUACUUACAUUAACGCUCCACUGGUCGGAUCCCUAGCCUAUCUGGCUCGCUCCUAA